AUGACUAAAGACAGAUUGGCGGCGCUGAAAGCGGCGCAGUCCGAAGACGAGCAGGACGAUGAUAUGCACAUGGACACCGGCAACGCGCAAUACAUGGAAGAGUUCUUCGAGCAGGUCGAUGAGAUUCGCGGAAGUGUCGACUUGAUUGCGAACAACGUCGAAGAGGUGAAAAAGAAGCACUCGGCGAUCCUCUCGAAUCCGGUGAACGAUCAGAAGACGAAAGAUGAGCUCGACGAGCUGAUGGCGAGCAUCAAACGGACGGCGAACAAAGUUCGCGGGAAGCUGAAGCUGAUCGAGAACGCCAUCGAGCACGACGAGGGUCAGAAUGCCGGCAACGCGGACCUGCGAAUUCGCAAGACCCAACACAGCACGCUCUCGCGGCGAUUCGUCGAGGUGAUGACUGAUUAUAAUAAGACGCAAACCGAUUAUCGCGAGCGAUGCAAGGGCAGAAUUCAGCGCCAACUCGAUAUUGCCGGAAAACAAGUCGGCGACGACGAUCUCGAAGAGAUGAUCGAGAGCGGCAAUCCGGGCGUGUUCACGCAAGGCAUCAUCACCGACACGCAGCAGGCGAAGCAGACGUUGGCCGACAUCGAGGCGCGACACAACGACAUCAUGAAGUUGGAGAGCAGCAUUCGCGAGCUUCACGACAUGUUCAUGGACAUGGCGAUGCUCGUCGAGAGUCAGGGCGAGAUGGUCGAUCGCAUCGAGUACAACGUCGAACACGCGAAAGAAUUCGUCGAUCGCGCCGUCGCCGACACCAAAAAGGCGGUGCAGUAUCAGAGCAAAGCGAGAAGGAAAAAAGUGUUCAUUUGUCUGAUAUUGGUGCUCGUGCUGCUCUGUUGUGUCGUCGCCGUCGUUCUGUGGGUCGUGUUGGCGAAUCGGACGACGACGCGUCUCGUCGCGCCGACAUCGUCGUCGUCGAAACGCUUCAGAAUCUGA